GUUGGAAUAGGUUAAAAUUCUUUUAAACGCGUAUUUUGAUAAUGUCAUUCUUUAUCAGAAAUAAGCAAGGAAGCGGAGGAAAUAAAAGAAAGUUUAAUGGUCAUGUUAAAACAACAAAGAGGAAGAGAAAGAAUGUAAGUAAAUCUGUACCUGAAGAUAAUGAAAGUAUUGCCAGUACAGAUGAAGAACUUGCAGAAGAAAAUCAGAGAGAUGAAGAAUAUGAAAGUGAAGAAGAAGAGGAGACAGCUCAGGAAAAACGUGUAAGACUUGCUAAGAAAUAUCUUGAACAAAUCGAAGAAGAAGAAAGAGAUAAAAUAGAGUUUCAAGAAGGUGCAGUAACAAGAAGAUUACACGAGGAAUAUUUAGAAGAAAAAGGAAGGUUACGAAAAACUGUAGCCUCAAAUUAUGUUAACUAUGCUGAACCAAUUGUUCUGAAAUGUAAAGAACACAAAAAUUCAAUUACAUGUUUAUCUCUCUCUAGUGAUGGGAAAGUUUUAUAUUCUGGUUCAAAAGAUGGUAGUUUGGUCAAAUGGUCUUUGAAAGAAAGAACUAAAUUAAAAGCCAUUAAAGGAAAAAGCAAAUCACAGGAUGGAAUAAAAUGUGUACAAUGCUUAGCAGUUAGUACCGAUGGCAUACCAAUUCUGUAUUAUUUGAAAAAGUUACUAGCUAUUUCAAAAUUUCAGAUGCUGUAA